CGCCCCCACCCAUUUCGGUGCUCGAGUCUGGGCGGUGACACAAAAAGCUCCCUCCUGGAGCCAAGCGCCUGGCGGCGGUGUCCGACCGGGAGCGCGGAGGGCGCCCGGGCAGGUGGGCCGCCUCCCGAGGGGCCGAGCAGGGAGCUGGGGCUGCAGGAGCUGCCGCCGCGCUCCUCGCGCCCGCCCGGCAGCCCGCUGCGCGAGUCUAGCAGAGCCGGUGGCCGGCGCGCUGGGACCACCCGGCGAUGCUACCGCUGUCGCUGCCUCUGUAGCAAGCACCCGAGACCGCUGCAGAGGGAGGUUGAAAUGAACACCCCUGAGUAUGCUAGAUGCCUGUGAGCUCCCCACUCCCCCUGCAGCCUUGGAAAGACUCGAAGAAGGAAGGUGGCAGAGGGGUGGACUCUGAGAACAAGCUCCUCCCCCCGGCCUUGGCCUUCUGGCUCCCUGUCCACCAUGGAGACACUCUCCCAAGAUUCUUUGCUGGAAUGUCAGAUCUGUUUCAAUUAUUACAGCCCCCGGCGAAGGCCCAAGUUGCUGGAUUGCAAACACACCUGCUGCUCGGUAUGCCUUCAGCAGAUGAGGACAAGCCAGAAGGACGUGAGGUGCCCCUGGUGCCGGGGUAUAACGAAGCUGCCCCCGGGCUUCUCCGUGUCCCAGCUCCCCGACGACCCCGAGGUCCUGGCGGUCAUCGCCAUCCCGCACGCCUCCGAGCACACCCCGGUCUUCAUCAAACUCCCCAGCAAUGGGUGCUACAUGCUGCCCCUGCCCAUCUCCAAGGAGCGAGCUCUGCUGCCCGGAGACAUGGGCUGCCGCCUGCUGCCCGGAAGCCAGCAGAAGUCCGUCACCGUGGUGACCAUCCCCGCGGAGCAGCAGCCUCUGCAGGGCGGGGUUCCGGCCGAGGCCGCAGAGGAGGAGCAAGACAGGCGGGGCGCCGUGAAAAGCUCCACCUGGUCCGGGGUGUGCACUGUGAUCCUGGUGGCCUGCGUCCUGGUCUUCCUUCUCGGCAUCGUGCUCCACAACAUGUCCUGCAUUUCUAAGCGCUUCACCGUGAUAUCCUGUGGCUGAAGAGGGCUGCCGAAAAGUCUCUUGUGGGUGCCAACUAGGGGUUGAGCAGGUGUUGGUGAUGGAUCGCGGUGAGAAGAUGGGGGGCCCGGGUGUUGAUCUCUGGGCUGCCACUUGAUUAACCCAAGACAGAUAGGAAGGGCAGAACGUGCUAUCUCAGCAAGAUAACUAAGCAGAUCACUCUGAUUACUGGUGGCAACAGCUUUGAAGACGAUUGCAUGCAUCCUCAUAAUCAUGUAUUAAAAGGACUGUAAUUUAUGAUUUUUCCCAAUCAUGUUAUGAGAUAGACAUAUUCUUAGACGUUAAACUGUGGAAGUGCAUACAAUGUGAUCUUCUCUAAAUGUGGUAGAUUAAAACAAAGAUGCUAUGUAGACAAGUAGAAUUAAACCUGAGAAUCCUUGUAAAACUUCAGCCACGACAUGCAGUGCUGGUUUCUUUUCCUUUUUCACAAAAUGAAACCCGGUCUUCGUUUGGUUGCUAAGGCUUUUUAUACUUUUUGAAUGGCACCCAAAUUCCAGUAAGUUAAGUGGACAGUUGUUUUUUUGAAAAAAAUAUUUGAACAAGUGUUUCCAAUGUGUGGUGUUUUGUCAUGUACCUUCAUUUUUCUUCUCCUGUAAUUAGAGCUCGCUGUGUGUUUAUUAAACUGAAAGCCCAACAGGGGAGCAAUAAACUGAGUAAUAAUGAGAAAUGCCUAAUCCCACAGGAAACCUAUAUGCCAGUUUUUCUCAAGCCAUGUCACAAAAUAAGAAUUUUAAAUGUAAAUAUUGUGUAUUUGUGUGUGUAAUUUGAUUUACCUCAGGUUUUGAAUCUUGUCAGAAGAAUCCCGGGUGUAAGACUUUGUGGGCAUAAAUGAAUGCAAGGCCUCGAAACAAUGGCCACUCAUGGGACACACCCAGUGAUGUGUCACAGGCAUGUCACUUCCAAACUUGUUCUUCUUCUGUAUAUUCAAGUCCUGUAUUCUCUAAGGCACAAAUGAAGAGUAACAGAAGAUUCUGUCUUUUCUCCCAGUUUUGAUGUAUUUGUAAUAGCCAUGAGUGUUGGUAAAUGAUGACAAACAUGGACUUUUUAAAGGCAGUCCAUGAUUAUUUUUUUGAGAGAUUGUUUCAUGAGAGUUAAACUGUGUCAAAUUCUAGUUUUCUCUUGUUGGUAAAAGUGAGACUAUCUCUUGUAUUUCUGAAUAUGUUUUUAUUGAGAAAAAUGGCAAGGUGAACUAGCAACUCACAUUCCCAAUUUAAGUGGCGCAGUUCAUCAUAAAUUCUCACAUAUUCUUAAAUGUUUAAUGGCCUACAGAUGCUGAUGCAGAAAGAGCUGCUGGUUUUAAAUGAUAACUUUCUAUGCCUGAAUGUGUGUGUGUUCAGAAAUAGCUGUGAGCUUUACAAUUAUCUUUUGUUUUCUUUUAUGGAAUUCAUGAAACCAGUGGUAUGUGCCAAGCCCCCACUCUUAAAUAUAUCUAUGUUCCACUGAAUCCCUGAAAAUAGGGGAGAGAAAAAUAAGCAGUAACUUGUUUUGAAAAGUAAGGCUAGAAAUACCCCUGUAAGACUGAGAUAUUUUAAUUUACUUACAUUCUAACUAUUACCUUCAAGUAGCACAAAAUAUGCAGAUUAUGGUGAUGGCAUUAAUAUGAGAUAAAAUGACAGCAUAAUAAAUAGAAUCCCAAGCUAACUCUGUUCAUUGACAUGAAGAUUCGAUAUAAAAAUAUCAACUUGGGAUUUUCACGUCUUUCAGAUUUGUCAUUAGACCUUUAGAAAAUGUAUCUGAAAGCUCAAACUAGAUAUUAGGUUAAAAUGCCAUUUUAUUGUGUAAGCUAUUGGGCAUUAUACAACAAAUAAUCUAGGAUUUAUUUGGUAUUAAUAAUUUAGGUAUCAUAUUAGCUGAAUACUAUCCUCUAUUACGUAACCUAAUAUACUGUUGGGUUAGUUUCAAUUUCUCAAACUCUCCCAGGCUGCUGUGAUGCAUGUCUGACCUAAUUUCUAGUCCUCUUGGGGGAAAAAAAAAAAAACAACCUACAGAAAUGUUAUAUUAAGAAUGCUGCAUUUCAUAUGGACUUUACCCUUGCAAUAUUAACUCAUGCCAUAUUUAAAUUAAUUUUGUGAAUGAUAUCUACAUAUGUUUAUGUCUGGUGUGAAAUCACCAGCCCUGGAGUGUAGCGUGUGAUAUAAUUCUACCUGUGGUUUGUAGGUUAUAUAUAGACACUAACAUACAUGAUGAUACAGCGUCCUGUAUUUCUUAGUGCAAAGCCGUAGAGUAUAAAUGGACAUGUAACUUUUACUUAAAAACAAUCCCAUGCUAGAGCUGCAAUUAAGCAGUGUAAAAUUAAUCGGCUCUGAUAGAUUCUUGAUGAUACAAUAUAAGGUACAAUAACAAUCAAAAUCAGAAUUCUUUGUGUGAGUUUUAACUGAUAUAAGAACCAUUAUUUAAGUGGAUUCUUCCUGCAGUUAUUUAUUUGUGUAUCUGCAUGUCAAGGUGUGCAUUCUUGCCUUUGUGUGUGUGCGUGUGCGUGUGUGUGUGUCUCAGCCUGACAGAUAGAAUUUUUAUUGACUUGAUGUUUAAUGUUAUUUGGCAUUCCAUUGCUCUGGUCUCUUUGGCAUUUACCCACAACACUAACAACUCAACUACCCCAUGUGACACAGUCCUGUGACAUAAUCAGCCAGAAUUCACAGUUGCACAUCAAUGGAAAAAAAAAAAUCCCAACUGAAAGCACAGAGAGUUAGACAUGCAAGCAACCUCCGGUGGCUUCAUUUUGAAGAUGAGUCCACUGAGACCCACAGAGGUGCGAGGCAGUUUGUCAUUCUUCAGCAAAAAGGGGACCAGAACUCUGCACUGUGGUUUCCUCUUGCUCCUUUCUAGGCCUGUUGACAUCUCUGUCAAGGCUAUGAUCUUUUUCAGGAUGGAUGAAUACCCUUUACUAGCUCAACUAUUGUGUAAAUCUUUUGUUUUUGUAUAUUCAUUUUAGUUAGCAUCUACCUCUCUGGGAAGUGAAAGAAGGGUUGAUUUAGGGAUGAGUAUAGGCAGUUAAAGAAAACCAUGUGAAUUGAGUUUUUUAAAUUGCAAAACAUUGAUUCCCUCCCCCCUUUAGAUGUAAAGGACCAUGAGUGUUGUGUAAAUAGUAAACUAUAAGAAGCAUGAAUUUUCAUCUUUAUUAAUGAUCUUGACUUAGAUGACAGAAUGCAGAAUAUGCUAAGAAGAGCCCAGUAUGCUAUCAAAAAGCAUUGUCUUUGGAAAAUUUUUGUAUAAUGACGUGGGGCUUAAGUUGUGCUAAAAAGGCAAAUGGGUUCUCAGCUCCAGUCAUAGUUUAUGAUCAGAAAGCUUUAAGGUAUUUUCCUUAGGAAUAUAAUUAAGUGUAAUUUUGCACAUGACUUUAAAGUGGGUCCCUUGAAGGUGAAACCGUGUCUUGGUGCAGCCCUUGGGAUCUUUUAGAUUGGCGCUGCUCAAUAGAACUUCCCGUGAUGAUGGAAGUGUUCUGUAAUCUGUGCUGUCCAAUACAGUAGCCACAUUGGCUAUUGGGCAGUUGAAAUGGGGUUAGUCUGAGUAUGGAACUGGAUUUUGUCUUUUAUUUAAUUUAAAGUUAUUUAAAUAAACGUCACUCACUUGUGGCUAGUGGCUACCAUAUUGGACAGUGCAUUUCUGGAGGCUUGUGCAAUGGAAACUUGCAUCCAAGUGAUAGUGGAGUAAAUGGAGUGAGGUGAAAAGACAGUUUGUGGUUUAGUAACAUGCAGUUGGCUUAAAAAAACUUUUUUUUUCCUUUCUGGGCUUACAAAAAAAUAUGAUCUUUUAAAAAUAUAUAUGUAUAUAUAUGAUCUCAAGUAUGACCGUAAAAAUGCAUUAAUUGCCCUUUGGGGUUAUUACUUACAUACUGCAGGCCGAGGAAUGAUCAGUGAAGCUUAAAGAGUGCUUGAUAAAGCCCUUCUUCUGGGAUCAUUAGCUGCAUGUGAAUCUAUUGUCCUGAAACAGUAGUUAGACAGUAGCUGUAAAAUGUUUGACUUGCAUGACCUGUACUGUGAAAUUGUGUUUAGGGUCUUGUGACCAAAAAGUAACCGUUAAUAGGGAAAAAAAAAAAAAAAAAGGCCUAAUGAAAUUUCUCUUCACUUCUAGCAUCUUACCCAAACGUCAUCACUGCAUUAGUAAUGUGUGAAAUAUAAGAGCAAGCUUGUUUUGCAGUGUUCAUAGGGAGUGUUCUUGUUUGCCCUUGAAGUUGGCCAGCUUGUCAUUGUGUUUGGGGUGGGAAUAUGUGGGCAUCAUUUUUCAGAUGGCAGACUAAAACAUAGGUACUAUUUUUAGAGUGAGAUUUGACAUUAUUUUAGUCUUGUUUGAUUUUUUUAUUUUAGUUAUCACUGAAAGAAUUGGAGAUUUGAAGCCUUAAAGACACUUUUUUUUUACAUUAAAAAAACAUUGCCCAUGGAAUUUAAAGACUCGAAGGUUACUGAAGUUACUAAAAUUGCUUUUUAAGUGAGUAAAGGAAGGCAGAAAACUCAAUUUGAGUUAUAUUUUCACAGAAAGAUCAGACUCUCCUUGAUAGUAUAGUAUUUAUUCCAGUCUAGAUUUUGAUUUGAAGAGUUCCCAUCACUUUUUUUGAAAACCUAUGCAGCGACUAAAUUGGUUAGGGUGCUUUUCAUUGUCUGAAAAUAAUGAAAUCCAAAUGUAUUUGCUUCAACUUAGAUUUUUUUUUCUUUUUUUAAUAUAACUCAUCAAUGGGCAGGACUCUUUAGCUUGUCCUUAAAAAUGAUGAAUUUUUUUGGCCCAAUGGUAGUUUUUCUUUAGACUUAUGAAUAAAUUAGAGGCCCAAAGCUUAUUGGUAUGAGAGGAAAGUUAUGCAAAUAGUUUGAAUUUUUAUCUUCCCUUGAAAAAUGCUGCUGCCUACUAGUCAGCAUUUUGUUUCCACACAAAAAGUGUCAUCAGUUAAUCUGUCAUCUUUGACUUAGAAGAAGAAGCUGUUCCUUACCAUUUCCAUCUUUCUUAGUAAAACGUUACCCAUGAAGUAAUUCUUAGCAAAACUAAAACUCCAAAGAAGGAGACAGUCAAAAUAAUUCAGUAACUGCUUUGAAAGUGAUAGUCUUUUUCAAAAAGUGAUGAUGAUCAGUUGCUGAAUUUUGUCAAAACUUGAAACACGUCUAAAAAAUAAGUGGAAAUUCAAGCCACUGAUUUUGCUGACAAAAUUGAAUCACUGUAUAUAGAUAUGUAUCUAUAUCUAUACAUAUAGUUAUAUAUAUGUAGACACACAUAAUUUAGCUAAUUGAAGUUAAAAAAUCAAGUAAAAUGUUAUUCAUAUUUUCCAGCGUGGGUUAUACAGUGUUGAAUUUAGAUAUUAAUUUCUUAACAAAUGCUAUAGGCCACAUCGAUUUUGUCAAGUCAACUAGUUUGGGGAGAGUUAUAUAACUAAGCUUUGGGGACUUUUCAGAUAUAUGAAGAAGUGGAUUUGGAAAGCCAUUGAUCAUUGAAGAACGUUAGUAGGUGGGGCAUUUAAUUUCUGUCUUCCAAAUGACAUUUUUUUGGCUCUGCUCAAGUGGUCAUGGGCAGAGCACCAUUAUUCUUGAACUCUUGCAAUAUGGCUCCGAUUUUUCUGCACAAGUUUCCUUGCACAGUUGGGCCAACGAUUUCUUUUUUUUCAGGAUUCACUGCCUGGGGUAUCCCACUAUAUAUCUCACUUAUGAUGUAGUGGUGCUUGAAAACACUCAUCUCGUUAGCUCAACUUUAUUAUUCUAGUCUAAGGUUUUUGAUACUAUUCAUAUUAUGAUCUUUUUAGAGACAAUCAGUAGUAUUUGCAGCAAAGUACCGAGGGGUCUCUUUAAGCCUGCAACCACACAUAUUUUCUUUGUUUUUCUGGGCGGAGAGGGGGGUGUCCUCUUAUAAUCAUCCCUGUUCUAGAACACUGCUCUAAAAUCAUCACCUUGGGAUGGAGGGAUAGUAGCCUAUGUGGAAGUCUUUUGUGGUCUCCCUGGGGUGUUAUUGGGUUAUUCUAACAAGAUUUUUACAAAGGGAAGCAUUUGCUUUUUGAGAAUUCCAAAGUAGAUGGUUGGAUAUGAUGGUGGUGAAGGAGCAUGGGCUGUAAGAGGAGGUAGAUAAGGCAGAUGCUCCUUAAAGGGGAACAAGUUGAGAUAUCUAUGUCAUCUCUAUUUAAAAAGCGAGAGGACAUGGUAGCUGGUGUUUUACACUGUGCUUCAGAAUAUUCCUGGUUGGAUUUUCCUGGCUGAGCAACAGCCCAACUCUUAGGUAGAUCCUGUAUGGUGGAGGUGGAGAUGUGGCGUUGGGUCUAUAGCAGCAAAUAGGCAGAAAUACCCGGAGAGUAAGAAAACACUUGCAUAAAAAGAGGGAAAUCCAUAAGGAGAUUGUAGCUCUGGAACAAAAUAUAUAGGAGCUGAAGGUCAAUUAUGGCAGAAAUCAGCUGAAGAAAGAAACAGGAUAAGUGAGGAUAACAGGCAAGCACAAUCUGUCACUCCAGUAUGGCCAACCAAAUUCAAUACAGGGAAUGUGAUCAGCUGACGAGAGGGUCCAAGAAGGCCCCGUUGCGUUGCCAGCACACUAGACCAUUUCAGAACCUACUCUAGGGUUGGUUGCUGAGUCAUCCCAGACAAACUCUAGUGAUGUCCUCUUAACCCUGGAACACAAUGUCUGUGGUUGUGUCCUGACUUGAGUAGGUUAUUACUGUUUAGAAGACUCAUAAUUCUGUUUCUAUACUGGUUAUGGUCAUUUACUAUGUUUUUUAUUUCACCACUUGUUCCUGUUGGCCUCACUUAGCAGUUGCAGGUGGGGAGGCUGGUUUCAGCUUGGGGUGGUUAAAACUCCCAACAUGAGCCAUGCAAGUGCUGUCCAGGGUUCCUGCCUUUCUGACAGCACCACUGGUGAGUUCUUGGCCCUCUUGAUAACUAGUAGUCCAGUCAGAUGGCUAGAUUAAUGCUGCUCAGAGGCUAACUCAAGUCCUUGACGUGUUUCAUUUAUAAUUAUGUGGAUUAUUUAUUUUAAGAGCUUUUCUUUUAAAGGGCCAAAUAGCUCUACAGAUAAAUGAGCUGCUGGGGUGUGUAGAAAAUAUUGUCCAAAUGUUGCCAAAUAUUGACUUUGUAAGGGGGAUAUCAAGCUGCUGUUUAUAAAUCUGAAUGUCUUAAAAGCAUUCUUGCUUGCUCUCUCUGUUGUAGAUGGUGUCUUAGCAAGUUCUGAGUUUUUCCAAUGAACCCAAUUUUAAUAUAUGGUAUUUUUGUAUGCCAAUCUGGUGUCUUGUCCUUUGUAUAUGUGGUAAUGUUGAUUUUAUGACUACUGUUAAAACACAUUUGUUAUGAUUAAAAUUCAUAAAAGGAUUUCAAAUAGA